AUGGACAACUACUACAACAACAGCUCCUAUGGUGGUCAAGGGAAACAACAUCGUCCCGGCCAAAACCAUUCGAAUAUGGAGCUUUUCUCCUCUGCUAAGGUGUUGUCGGAAGCAGCACAAUCCGUAUACAACCAUGAACCUGGCAAGAUGGACAAGGCCAAGGUUGCAGUUGCCGCUUCUAAUAUCUUAGGUGCUGCUGGUGUUGAUGAGAGUAAGGGCUUUGGCAAGUACGUUGAGAAAUCCGCUGUUUAUCUUAAUAAACACGAUUCUUCCUAUGGUAACACCGGAGGAAAAACUGGUCAUUCAGGUGGUGGAUUUGGUGGAAGUGGUGCCUAUGGAAAUAAGAUUACUGAACAUUCAGAGAGUGGUUAUGGACGUUAUGGUGGUAGCUAUAAUAGGAAUAAUAGUGAGAGUGGAUAUGGAGGUGGACGUUAUGGUGGCAGUGGUGGCUAUGGGAAUAACAAUGAGAGUAGAUAUGGAGGUGAACGCUACGGUGCUAGUGGGUAUGGAGGUGGACGUUCUGACGGUGGUUAUGGAAAUAAUAAUGAGAGUGGUUAUGGUGUUAGACAUUCUGGUUAUGGUGCUAGUGGUGGUUAUGGUGCUGCUGCCGAUAACCGUUAUGAGAGUGGAUAUGGCGAGGGAGUACAAUCAAGUGGUGGUUAUGGUGAACAAAACUAUUCUGGUGGAGGCUAUGGAUAUGGAGGGAACUCUGGUGGACGAUACAGUGAUGAACGUUCUGUAAGAGGGUACGGUAGGGAUGGUGGAGAUAGUCGCUCCGGUGGUGGAUACGGCUAUGUUUAUUAG